ACUUCAAUGUGAUGGAGGAGUUAGCGAGAGAGGCGAACAAUAAACACAGUGAAUCCUCUUAUGUUGAUGUUGAUGUUGAUGUUGAUGAUGGUGAGGAGGAGGAGGAGGAGGAGGAGGAGGAGGACAAAGGGGAGGAUUUGAGUAAGAUUUGGGAAGAAUUUUCCAAUGGGUUACUGGAGAUGGUGAGAGAGGUGGAGGAUCAAAAAUGUGUAAUUUCUGAGACGAAUAAUGUGGAGGUAAACAUUGAAAAUAGUCCUUCUUCUGUUUGCAAUGAUGUAUCAGAACAUGCAGAUCAUUCCAAUUUAAUAACCUUUGAGAAAAAGGAUUAUUUUGAUCCAGUGAAGGGUUGUUCUUCUUCCAAAGGGAAUGGAGAAUCGAAGAAACGUGAAUCAAAGAGUGUAGGCAUAAAAAUGCAAAAUGUCAGUAAUAAAUAUGAUUUUCAAUUUGUUGCUGAUCAACCUAUAAGUUUUGUUCAUUCUAAGGUUCACAAGGGUGAGUCAAAUAAUGCCAAUGCCAAAGCAAAAUCCAAAGAUGAUGCUAAAGUUUAUGAGAAUGUGAAUGUGAAUGUUGGUGAUUCUGAUGAAGGAAAACAGAAACAUGUCAAAGGUUUAGGUGUUGGAGGAGUUUCUUCCCCUCAAGCAAAACAAGAAAAGAUGAGGGAUUCAGAUAAACCAAAAAUGACAGAGAAUAAAGGGGGGGACUGUAAAAGCAGAUUUAGGAUCCGUAAUGGUGAGAAGAAGGAAUCUAUGAACAACAAUGGUUUGACUAAAAUGUUUGUGCCGAAGGAGCUGUGUUUAGCUAAACUCCUUGCAGAAUGCUUUUGGGGCAACAAGAAUACAAUGAAGAAGGAUUCAAUUGUGUUGGAGGUGAAGGAUGGCAACGAUGAUUGGCGAGAUAGAGAUACACGGUCACCGCCGGUUUGUGUUGAGACACCUCCACAGAUAUGGAGCCUUAAAAAGGUGGAAGAAGUGCAAAAGACCAAAGAGGAGUUGGAGCAGGAACCGUUAUGGGAUCAAAUGGAUACAGCCCUUAGAGAAUCAGAAGCUGAAUCCAUGAUUGGAAAUUUAGGGACAAAUGACAUGAGAAAUCCAUCCACUCUUUGUGAACACGACACUUGUUUCGACGAUCAGAUUGGUGUAUAUUGCAGAUGGUGUGGUGUGGUUGUCACUGAGAUCAAAUAUGUCUCACAACUGGUGAUGGAUAGAUUUCCCUCUGAAGGUUCUGGAAAAAGGGCUUCAUUUGAUGAUUCAGUAAAUGUCUCACACUUUGAUGGCUCUCAGUUCAAUGUUUCUGAUGGUGAACCAGAGACUAAUUUCUCUCAUAAUGAAGGCACUGUUUGGGACCUAAUUCCUGAUGAUGUGAAAGAAACCUUGUAUCCUCAUCAACUAGAAGGCUUUGAGUUCAUUUGGAAAAACUUGACAGGACACAUCGAUCUUCACAAGUUAAGUAAAACCAAUCCUCGCAGGGAGGGUGGCUGCAUUAUCUCCCAUGCUCCCGGAACCGGAAAGACAAGGUUGACUAUAAUGUUUCUCAUGUCAUAUCUGAAAGUGUUUCCUAAAUGCUUGCCGGUUAUUGUUGCUCCUGCGAGUUUGUUACUUACUUGGGAAGAUGAGUUCAAAAAAUGGGACAUUGGAGUUCCAUUUCACAAUUUGAACAAUCUCAAAUUAUCCGGUAAAGAGCAUGAUGAUGCUGUUGAUUUUGUUAAUUGGUCUAAUAAGCGGCUUAGUAAGGAUACAACACGGAUGGUGAAACUGAUUUCUUGGUACAAAGAAAAGAGCAUUCUGGGAAUCAGUUACAAUUUGUACGAGAAGCUAGCCGGAGAAGGGGGAUCCAAACGCAGGAAAAAGAGAAAACAUACAAAUGUGGAGAAGAGGAAACAAAAUGGCGAUAUGAGAAACGCUUUACUUGAAUCUCCUGGUUUGUUAGUGCUAGAUGAAGGACACAUACCGAGAAAUGAAAGAAGUCUUAUUUGGAAGGUAUUGUCGAAAAUUCAAACCCGCAAGCGGAUCAUCCUUUCUGGAACUCCUUUCCAGAACAAUUUCUUGGAACUGUACAACAUUUUGAGCCUAGUGAAGCCUUCGUUUCCUAACACGAUACCGCAUGAGCUGAAAAAGUUUUGCCUGAAGCAGGAAUAUAAAAAAGUAUCUGAAGAAUGGAGUUGGGAAGCCGAUUAUGGCAACUCAACCUGUAAUCCUUCCGACCAUAAGAUCAAACAGUUAAAAUUGCUUAUGGAUCCAUUUGUUCAUGUUCAUAAAGGUGCGAUCCUUCAAAAGAAGCUCCCUGGGAUAAGAAAUUGUAAGCUGACUUUGAAGCCGGACAGUUUGCAGAAGCAAAUUCUUGACAGCAUUCAAAGUCGUCAGAACGCGUUGAUCUUUGAGCGUAAGCUGACAAUGGCAUCAAUCCAUCCGUAUCUUUUCCUCGAAUGCGAUCUUUUGAAAGAAGAGGAAUCUGUUGUCGACAAGGACCAGCUAGAAAAGCUUCGAUUGAAUCCAUAUGUAGGUGUGAAAACCAAAUUUCUGGUUGAGUUUGUUAGACUUUGUGAUGCUGUUAAAGAGAAAGUUCUUGUGUUCAGCCAAUUAAUCCGUCCCUUAUGCUUAAUCAUAGACCAAUUAUCGCACAUUUCUUUAAACUGGACAGUGGGGAAGGAAAUCCUCUUCAUGCAUGGAGAGGUUAGUCUAAAGGACAGACAAUCCUUAAUCCAUAGCUUCAAUGAUGCUAACAGCCAAGCAAAGAUCCUCCUUGCAUCGACAAAUGCUUGUUCCGAGGGAAUUAGCUUAGUCGGAGCAUCAAGGGUUGUGCUGCUCGAUGUUGUAUGGAAUCCAUCAGUCGAUCGACAGGCUAUCAGUAGAGCAUAUAGGAUUGGCCAAAAGAAGGUUGUAUACACUUACCAUCUGCUCACCGAAGGGACUGCUGAGAAAAUAAAACAUCGCAAACAGGCCGAAAAGCACAGGUUAUCUGAACUGGUUUUUUCGGCUAAAAAUGCUGAUAAAGAUAAGUCCAAGAGUUGUGCUGUUAACUUUGAAGAUAGAAUUCUUGAUCAGUUGAAACAGCACGAAACGUUCAAAGACGUGUUUGUUACAGUUCAGUCAAAGGAGCGAGAUUUGGUUGAGAGUUUCGGCUCUUGAUUAAACUUUAGAGUUUAGAUGAUCAAACAACAGCGAAAAUUGACUCAAGAAUUAUAACUUUUCUAUCUUAACCUACAAACUAUGGUUAAAUGUUUGAAUACCAAUCUAUGUAAGAAUUAGGCAGUGUCAAUGCAUGCCAUGUUAGGAGACAUUUGAAGGUUGUAGCUCAUAACCUUGCUAGGUUGUCCAAAACUUGGAUGGGGUCUGUCCCAUAUCAAGUCCCUACUGCACUGUAAUGUUUCUGAUGUUAUUUCUUAAUACAGUUUAUCUUAUACCAUUUUGAUUAGCUUUAAUUGUCA